CAGAAAACGCUCACAUUCACUCAACGAAUUUUACUGUUCAACGGUACAACAUUUAUUCAGGGAUUUUACAGUGAUUUUUAUUUUAUUUCUGGAUAUUUACAUGCCUUAUCAAAUGACUGACACAAUGGUUGCGCUAAAUAGCCCAAGUAGUUCUAGUGAUUAUAGUGACGAUGGACUUAAUAACAACGGGGUUGUGUUUGGAUCGCAGUUGAUAAAUCCAAAUACAAAUACCCCUUAUUCGGAUGCUACGAUGUGCAAGAAGGCUACAAACCAUGUAAAACGACCCAUGAACGCUUUCAUGGUUUGGUCGCAGAUCGAGCGAAGGAAGAUCUCUGAAGUCGCUCCUGAUAUGCACAACGCUGAAAUCAGCAAGCAACUUGGAGCUCGAUGGAAAUUACUCGAUGAAAAUGAUCGACAGCCUUAUAUUGAAGAAGCAGAGAGAUUAAGAAUCUUACACAUGCAAGAAUAUCCGGAUUACAAAUACAGACCACGAAAGAAGGCUAAGCCGGUGGCAGUCAAGCCAGAGCCUGCUGUUAACAAGGGUAAAGUCACUAAAUCUUCCAAGUCCAGAAAUGAUCGCAACCGUUACCAGAAAUCGACUGCAGUGAAAACGGCACUGUCAACUCAAACCGAAUAUACUGCUAUGCAGGCUUCGCAUACUCAGCAAAGCCGGCUCAAGCUGAAACUUACAAUCGACGAAAAGUUCAAGGAAUGUAUCCGAGCUAGCAAAAAUGUUCAGGUGCCAUCGUGCCAACUUACUCCACCAGGGAAAGUUCCAUCAAGUCCUGAAUACACACCCAUGACCCCAGAGUCCAACAGUUUCUACCCCGAGGAUCAUUACGACACCCCAGCCCCUUCUCCUCAGGACGAGCGUCAUGUUAUAGUGAAAACCGAGUAUCAUAUCAAUAACAACAACAUUAUUGCCCAGCCAGAGGGUUCAUCCUUGGCUGAUUUGGACAAUCUAACAGACAUUCUUCAAAUGCCAGGAAACUGGCACAUGGAUAUUGAAAACAUGGACUUGAGCAAACUUGCAGACACAGACUUUCCAAAUUUCGAUACACAGAUUCAACAUCAACACCACCAUCAACAAUUACAGACAGUAAACACAGUGCAAGCCUCAUUAUCAAGUGGACUUAUUUUUAACAGUGCUAUUAACAUGAACCUCAAUGCGAACGCUUCCUCACAUUUCGAAUUCCCAGACUAUUCCACGCCUGAAGUGUCUGAAAUGAUUGGACUUCAGAACGAGUGGUUGGAACUUUCCUCAUUGGGGUCAAUUGUUGCUCAGUAGAACAAAACUUCGCUCAGAGACGUUUUCCAGAUGUAUGUGCGAACAUGUUCAUUAAAUGAAAGUUAUUAUUACAAACGGGGAUACGUGCAAGAUACUUUCUGAAAGACUGUGAAAAUGUUAUGUGCAUCUGCCAAGUGUCAUGAUGAUGUUAUAUUUAAUAAAAAGUGUACUUUGCAGAAUUGCAUUUUUUGUGAUCAAAAUUUAUGCCUUUUUCUAUUGUGGACCAGUAACUCUACGCGGCAGGAGAUUUGAUGACAGUUAAGUUGACUGAAAAAUUGUAUAUACAUGUAUAUAUUACCAAAAGCUCGAUGAGUUAGAGAUGUCUGUAUAUAUUGUUACAGAAAGCAAAAAUAAUAGAGGGAGCUAACUGUCGUUAUGUAUUUGUUAAAAAUGUUUAUAAGUCGCAAUAUUUUUUCAUGUUUUCUAUAUUUUAUUGAAGAUUUAUAGUUCAGAAAAGGCAUACAUUGUUUUUGCAUUGAGAUAAUGGGUGUUGCAAUGAACAAGUUAACAGCUGCGGAGAAUAGGUACACUUAAAUACUAAUGACUUAGUGAAGAGAAAGUUUCUGUAAGGAUAUAAAUAUUUUUAGAUUACCGGAGUUGUUCAAAUUAAAUAUGUUUAUUUUGUGUAACUAACAUUUUUUCUCAAUAUAUAGUAGUGUAGUUUGUGUGAAAAACUAUAAUCUUUUAUUGUACGCAAUAUUAGUCACUUUUUGUAUUGUGUAUCAUUUUGAAUUUGUUUUUGUUCCAUGCCAUUCAAAGUGUCCAUUCACUCACUUGUGACAUGUAUUCCAAACGUUAUCAGAGAAUUUAUGUUGUUGUUAGUUAUUAAUAUAUAACCUGUGCAUUUUGUUUAGUCAUGUUCAUGUGUUGGAACAACAGACCUGAUAUGCAUUAUGAAGGAAGUAUGCAGUGCAUUUCGUAAAGACAGGUGUUCAGUUCUGUACAUUUUUGAAUGAAAGUUAAUUGAUCAUGAAUAUCAAAAAAUCUUUGCUAGAUUUUUUAUAAAGUUAUUUUCAUACAAUCAGGGAUAUAUAUGUGUCCUUAUUUUAUAUGUUUUGUUUUUUUAAUAUAAAUCCAUCAUUUGAAAUGAGCAAAAAUCUCUUUAUGACUAGGGUAGUUUGUCUCAUACAUUCUCAAAGAAUCUUGUGAACAACAUUUGUUCAAUACUGUGCUAAUAUAUAUCAUUUAUGUAAAUAUCACUGUAUAUACCUAUUUAAAUGAUGUGUCAACGAAAAUGUUAUUUAUGCGCGAAAACGCAGAAAUAAGUCGCGCAGAUAAAGUCAGACAGUUAUGUGAAAAUUUGUUUUACAUGCUAUGUGUAUUAUGUAUGAAAUAAAUUCACGAAAACUGCAGAAAAACCUAA